AUGGCCGCUCCAGUACCAUUAGACCGACUACCCCCCACGACGACUGCUUAUGUGGUCGCAACAGCCAUUAUCGCAGGCGUGACCGGAUACUUCCUCGGCCAAGGGUCCACGCUCAACCUUUUCAAAGAGAAAAAAGAAGGAUGGCCGAACAGCUACGAUGUGAAGGUCCAUACACACUCCUCCGACGAAGAGGACGAAGAAGACUCUGAAGAAGAGAGCGACGAAGAAGACGAGGGCAACGGCGAAGAACUGUCCAGUUUCAAGGACAACGACGAGGAGGUGAAGUUGGUGCUGGUCGUCCGCAUGGACUUGGGCAUGACCAAAGGCAAAAUUGCCGCCCAAUGUGGCCACGCAACCCUCGCUUGCUACAAAUACUUCCUCGAAUACGCGCCCAACUCGCCCGUCCUCAAGAGGUGGGAGCGCUACGGUCAAGCCAAGAUCGCGCUGCAGGUCAGGUCCGAGGAGGAGCUGCUGGUUAUGCAGGCUCAGGCUAUGAGCCUUGGGCUUUGCACGCGUGUUAUUCAGGAUGCUGGGCGCACCCAGAUCGCCAGCGGUAGCAAGACUGUGCUGGGAAUUUUAGGUCCCAAGAGUGUGGUGGACGGCGUGACGGGACACUUGAAGCUGUUGUAA